UCUUGAAUUUUUGUGAAAGAAAAAAGCUCAAGGAGUAGAUGUAGCCAGAAAAAGGCAAGAAAACCCUUGGACAAUAUACGGUUUCUUUGAUCUUCUAGAAGAAACAAUUUUAAACUUAAAGUUACAGAAUCGACCUGAACAAAUAUUUAACUGCGACGAAACAUCCUUCUCCAGUGACCCUUCAAAAACAAAAGUUCUUGGGGCUAUAUCUAUAUGCGACAGAGAAAAUACCACAGUAUUAGUAUGUUGUUCAGCAUCAGGCCAGAAAUUGCCUUUGUUAACUUUUUUCAAAGGAAAAAAUGUUAUUGAGUCGAUGUUACCUGAAAAACCUGAACCACUAGAUAUAAUUGCCAUAGCCGCUUCGGAUAAGGGAUGUAUGACGACCAUAAUAUUUGUGAAUUGGUUUAGAAAAUAUGGUUUACCUCACAUAUCAAAGGAACGUCCAUUCCUUUUAAUUGUAGAUGGACAUACAACCCAUAUUUCGUGUAAUGUGAUCCAAGAAGCCCUUGAUAAUGAUAAAUGUAUUUUAAAAUUACCACCACAUACAACCCAUCUGCUUCAGGCUUUGUAAAUGGCAAAGGCUCAACCUAAGAAGCUACUUACUAUUUUUGGGUUUCAAGCAACAGGUAUCUAUAAUUUAGAUACAGGUAAACCAGAUCGAACAAAAUUUCCUGAAACAAUAUUUUCACAGCAAGAUCUUGUAAAAUAUAACCACUACGGUAAACAAAAUGAGGUGAUUAUUGGAACAAAAGAGCAAGAAAUUAAUGAAAACGAAGAAAAUGGAACAAUUCAUCAAAUGGAAGAUUUAGUUAACAAAGAACAGCAAACAAAUAUAGUGAAUGAGCAACAAGGUAAAAAGAAGUUGAUGCCUGAAGACAAACCUGGACCUUCAAACACCCAAAGCAAUAUUUGUCUGAAUCUCUUUGAAAGUUUGGUGGUUGAACUACUAAAAAAUGGAAAAAAGAAAUCGGAAUCUCGGCCGAAGACGAAAAGACCUGGUUUAAUUGAAAAAAUUGCUUCAGAGACCCUGAGAAAUGCUCUUUGUAGUAUAAAGUAACAUGGUCUUUCUGUAAAAGCAGCCGCAAUUCGUCACGAUAUUUCAAGAACUACCCUUAGGAGAUAUAAAAAAAAAAAUGAAAUUGUUGAAGAUAUAGCAAAUGUUACUAUUGGAUUGUCGCCCAAUUAUACUGUAAACCGAAUAUUUUCUAUUGCGGAAGAAACAGAGCUUUGUCAAUACCUCCAAAUGUGUGCCAAAUUGAAUCAUGGAUUCACUUCAAAAGAUGUCAGAAAGUUUGCAUUUUCAUUGGCAGCAGAAUAUGGCAAGCGAAUUCCUCCCUCUUGGUUCAAAAAUGAAAUGGCAGGAAAAUAUUGGAUGACCAAUUAUCUCAAAAGAUAUCCUCUCUCUAUUCGAACAGCUGAAGCUGCAUCCUUGGGUCGUGCUAUGGGUUUUAAUAAAGUUGUCGUUCAGAAGUUUUUUGAUAACUUGCAAAAAGUUAUUGAAAAGCAUCACUUCAGGUCUGAUAAAAUAUACAACGUCGACGAAACAGCUCUGACCACAGUACAAGAGACAGGUAAAGUGGUUGCUAUGAAAGGCCAACGACAAGUUGGUCAAAUAACGUCCAGUGAAAGACGGACCUUGGUGACAAUGUGUGGUGCAAUAAAUGCGGAUGACAAUAAUAUAUCGCCGCUUUUAAUAUUUCCGAGAAAAUUCUUUAAGAAUCACAUGAUUAAAGGUGCACCAAAUGGAACCAUAGGAGUAGCAUCACCCUCGGGUUGGAUGACGUCGCUAAUAUUUGUUUAGUGGCUGCAGCAUUUUAUAUCCUAUACUCAACCAACACAAGAGUUGCCAGUUCUUCUCAUAAUGGACAACCACAUUAGUCACAUUUCUUACACAGCAAUAAAAAUGGCUCGAGCAAAAAACAUAAUUUUACUUACUUUUCCUCCUCAUACGAGCCACAAACUACGGCCACUGGAUAGAGCUGUCUAUGGUUCGCUGAAAUCGCACUAUAAAGGUGGGUCCAGAUUGCUCCUGUUCGUGCUCACGCUCGUGGUCGUGAUCGCGCUUAUGCUGUUUCCGGAACGUUGUUUUUUGUGUUUCUUCUGUUUGUCAAGAUCGUU